UCUAUAUUACCCCCAAAAGCAUCCACCGAUGAAUACUUCGAAAAUCCACCAGAAAUAGUAGACCAUCCGGGAGCUUUUGUCAUACUGUUUUCAGCGUACUUUUGGGAGAUACUAAUCUUCUCGCAUACUAUAUAGUAUUAAAGUAUACGAUUUGAGAUUGAGCCCAGGACUAUUGGAUUGGACUGGAUUACCUUAAAGAGGGCGCUAGCUCAAUAAUCCAACAUCAAUACGAAUUACGUCAACAAGCACAAUAUAUUAUAUUUUUUUGUCCGAAAUCUGAGAUUUAAUCUGUCCUUUGUAUAUCGUUUUUUCGUAAAUGUGACAUAACGACAUUUGAAGAAAAUAUGCUGUUUCUAUCUUCAUCCCGGUUUUACAAGAGAUUUCGUAACGAUUAGCUCAGCAACCAUAUGAUGCACUAUGACAACAUGAACCCGAUUGGUCGACCGUUCCGGCUGUGCGGAAGAGUAAUACAUGCCUCUCCAUUCAUUGACCAAUGAGAAUGUCCGUGGAACUUGAUGUCUUUGUGGGUAACACCACCAUAAUGGAUGAGGAAGUCUAUCAGUUCUGGCUAGAUGGUUACACGGUGAAUGAUGCUGUGAAGGUGCGCAUGGAGGGAGGGGUACUGGAAGAGUGUGAGGCGAGUGCUGAGGUUCUCCACAGUGACACAAUGGACCAGUACAGAACCUUCCAGAUGUGCGAGCGGCUCCUCCACAGUCCUGCCAAAUUGGCCAAUCAGCUGCUCUUCCAGAUCCCGCCUCAUCGUCAGGCCAUGCUCAUAGAGAGGUUCUCCGCCAUGUCCUGUAGCUCGUCUUUGCUUCUUCCUCUUUGCUCAUAUGUGACAAAUCUGUCUGUUUGUCCUUCUGUGUGUGUCUCUGUCUCCAUGAGAAGGUACUAUGCAUUCGAUGGGGUGUUUGUGCGAGAGGUCCUUGGGAAGAAACUCUCAAAGGGGACCAAAAAAGACCUGGAUGAUGUGAGUGCAAAGACUGGCGUCACUCUGAAGAGCUGCAGACGUCAGUUUGAUAACUUUAAGCGUGUGUUUAAAGUUGUGGAGGAACUUAAGGGGCCCUUGGUGGAGAACAUUCGUCAACACUUUCUUCUCUCUGACCAGCUUGCCAGGAAUUAUGCUGCCAUAGUUUUUUUUGCAAACAAUCGCUUUGAGACGGGAAAGAAGAAGCUGCACUAUCUCACAUUUCAGGACUUUGCCUUCUGUGCCGGGCAGCUCAUCAGUUACUGGACGGUGGGAGCAGUGGAUAAUAUGGUGGAAGACAUGGAUGUGGAUCUUGAGAAGCAGUUCUUACAAGAUCUAAAAGAACUGAAGAUUUUGAUUACUGACAAGGAUCUCCUGGAUCAGCACAAGAGUCUGGUGUGUACGGCUCUACGGGGAAAGACCAAAGUCUUUAAUGAGAUGGAAACCAACUUCAAGAAUCUCUCCAGAGGUCUUGUCAACAUUGCCGUCAAACUAACCAACACAAAAGAUGUCAGAGAUUUCUUCAUUGAUCUCGUGGAAAAGUUUAUUGAGCCGUGUCGGUCAGACAAAUGGACUGCAGGAGACAUGAGGCUCUUUCUCACUCACUACACAAACUCCGCCCACAUACUCGACACCUUCAAACACCAGGUAUUGUGGGACAGGUACAUGGGUGUCAUCAAAAGCUGCAUCCUCAAAAUGUACCAUGACUGAGUCAUCCGGACCAGCCGUCGACUCUGUCCUCCGUGUUAGCCGAGUCACGUCUCCUCUCUGGGGCGAUCUCUCAGCAAGUCCUCCGUCUGUCAGAAGUUUUCCUCCCUUUCCUCCCUUAAGUUUUCCUCCCUCGUCCAUAAUUCACUGUCCCUCAUGUGUUUCUGACGUUUCGUCUUCCAGCUGGGUCUCCGUCUCUGUUCCCUUUUUCUGUUCUGACACCCUGUUUCGCAGUGUUGUCACAUAAUUUAUCUUGUAAAUAAAAACCUGCUUCAUUCAUACUAA